AGCGACAUACAAUUGUAGUUAUUUAAGAACAAAUCAACAAAUAUCGUUUGUAUAUUGUAUGUGAGGGAAAAGAAGAGUUAGGGUCAGGUGGUUGAUUAUAAACUAAAAGUAUCUUAUUGCAUUAGCAAGUAAUAUUACCAUUGAUUUUCCUUUUAUUUGAAUUGGCUCUAAUGUAAUGUUCGUGACAUUUUAUUUUAUGUCUGUGUCAGCUUAGAGAUGGAUCUACUCAUCAGGGUACUGUUACAUCAAUGGAACCAAAUGAAGAUACUUUUAUUCUUCAUGGUGAAACAACAAAGAAGGGUAAGAUAAAACCUGUUCAUAUUGUUGAUGUUCCUGGACAUUCUCGUCUUCGACCCAAACUGGAUGAGUACUUGCCUCAAGCAGCUGGUGUAGUCUUUGUGGUCGAUGCUUUGGACUUCUUACCAAAUUGUCGUGCUGCCUCAGAGUACCUAUAUGAUCUAUUGACCAAGGGAAGUGUUGUGAAGAAGAAGAUUCCUCUGCUUAUUCUCUGCAACAAAGCAGACAAAGUCACUGCUCACACUAAAGAAUUCAUCCGCAGACAGCUCGAGAAAGAAAUUGACAAAUUACGGUCAUCGAGAAGUGCGGUUUCAGAAGCUGACGUUACAAAUGAGUUCACUUUGGGAGUACCUGGAGAGCCAUUUUCCUUUACUCAGUGCUCUAACAAAGUUACAACUGCGGAUGCUUCUGGUUUAACUGGAGAGAUAUCUCAGCUAGAAGAGUUUAUCAGAGAAUAUGUGAAGCCUUAGUUGGAUAUAAUGUUUAAACUAUGGUUUUUGUUAAAUUAAACUUGUUAUGAA